UUAUAUCAAAAUAUAGUGGGUGAUUUCAGGUAGGCAUGCCCCCUAUAAUAGUUUUGUUUAGUUUGUCUUAUCUGUGUAGCAAAAAAGACCCGUGGGCACCUUUGAGGUGUUUGUUCAGCUAGUGUUUAAUCUUUUUGGGUCUGUGGUUGCCAUGGAGACGGAUAGAGAGGUGGUUGCCAUGGCGGUGCAGAGAGUCGCCAGCAUGCUGCAGCGGCCCGACCAAUUAGACAAAGUGGAGCAGUAUCGCAGGAGAGAAGCCCGCAAGAAGGCUUCUGUGGAAGCCAGGCUGAAGGCAGCCAUCCAGUCUCAGCUGGACGGGGUGCGUACGGGCCUCUACCAGCUCCACAAUGCCCUGGGGGAUGUUAAGGACAUCCAAGGCUCUCUGGCAGAUGUCAGUAAAGACUGGAGGCAGAGCAUCGACACCAUCACCAACUUGAAGGACGUCAAGGAUGUGGUGGUGCAGCACAGCCAGCUGGCAUCGGCUGUUGAGAACCUCAAGAACAUCUUCUCCGUGCCGGAGAUUGUUAAGGAGACCCAUGAGAUGAUCGAGCAGGCUGAGCUGCUUCAGGCCCACCGCAGGCUCAUGGAUCUGGAAUGUUCUCGUGAUGACCUUAUGUACGAGCAGUUCCGGCUGGACAGCAAGAACGCGCAUGACAUGAACCUGAUCCGCAACUACUUUGGCGAGGUGCAGGGCCUCUCUGAGGAGCUGGCCAAGCAGCUAUGGAUGCUGGCAGAACGCGGACUGGUCACUGUGCGCCGCGAUCCCACCAUGCUUGUGUCGGUGGUGCGCAUCAUCGAGCGCGAGGAGAGGAUCGAUCGGCGCAUGUUGGACCGCCAGAAGCAGACAGGCUUCAUCCCGCCAGGCCGACCCAAGCGCUGGAGGGCACGCCUCUUCCAGGUGCUGGAGGGCACAGUGAAUGCACGCAUCGAGGGCUCCCAGCCGGAGACGCGCGAGUCAGACAAGAUGUGGCUGGUGAAGCUUCUGGAGAUCACCAGGAGGAACGUGCUGGAUGAUCUGCUGGUGGUGAAAACCCUGAUGGUACAGUGCUUCCCGUCGAACUACAACAUCUUCAGCGUCUUCUUCAACCUCUACCACCGCGGCGUGUCAGCCUGUGUGCAGGAGCUGGCUGCCGAGGAACUGGAGUCCAACGAGAUCGUCUCCCUCCUCACCUGGGUGCUUAACACCUACAAAAGCGCUGAGAUGAUGGGUCACCCCGAGCUCCGUUCUGAGUGCGACGUCGAAACGCUGGAGCCCCUCCUGCCUCAGGAUGUGGUCAGCAGGCUGCUAAGCAAGUACAUCCAGACCUUCACGUCCAACAUCACCGGCUGGCUCCGCAAAGCCCUGGACACAGACAAGAAGGACUGGCAGAAGAGCACUGAACCAGAGGCAGACCAAGACGGAUACUAUCAGACUACACUUCCCGCCAUCGUUUUCCAGAUGUUUGAGCAGAACCUGCAGGUGGCAGCACAGAUUGACGAGACUUUUAAGGAGGAGGUGCUACGGCUUUGUCUGAAGCAGAUGAACUCGUUCCUGCGCAGGUACCGAGACGAGGCCGUCGUCUACAAGGAAGAGCACUUGAAAGAUCGACAGGUCCCCCAGUGCUAUGUUCAGUACAUGAUUGCCAUCAUCAACAACUGCCAGACGUUUAAAGACUCUAUAAACAGUCUCAGAAUGAAAUACUCCAGAACGAAAGAGGUCACGCAGAAUGACGCUGCGAUUGAGAAUUCGCUCAACGAGGUAGCCAGAGAGGGCUGUCAGUUCCUGCUGGAUGAAGUCUUCCUGGACUUGGAGAAACUUCUCAGCGAUCUGCUGACGAAGAACUGGUUGGCAGGUUCCAAUACAGCAGAUGCCAUUUGUCUGACUGUAGAGGAUUACUUCAACGACUUCGCCAGAAUAAAGAAGCCAUACAGUGAGGAGAUGACACGUAACGCCCAACGCCGGGUGGUGGUGGAGUACCUCCAGGCCAUAAUGCAGAAGCGUAUAUCCUUCAGGAACGCCGAAGAGCGGAAGAAGGGAGCCGAACGGAUGAUUAAGGAAGCUGGCCAAUUCCGGGCUCUCUUCCAGAAGCUAUCUUCUAGUCACGACAAUGACCUUUUGUGUGACGCCAUCGCUGCCAUAGCUGAGGUGUUCAACCUGACCGACCCGUCGCUGCUCUACCUAGAGGUGUCCACUUUGGUUUCAAAGUACCCCGAUAUCAGGGAGGAGCAUAUCAUGGCCCUGCUGGCCGUCAGGGGAGACGCCAGUCGCGACAUGAAGCAGAUGAUCAUAGAAACGCUGAGCCAGAACAAGCCGUCGGCCGCAGCCAGCAUCCCGCCGGUGUUCAGGGACAUCGCCGUGACAUCCACUGUGCCAAAACUGCUGAAAUAGGGUCGGCCCCCACCCCACCCUUAAUACAGAGUUGUGGGCGCCGUCACUCAGCUGUACUUUCUUAUGCACUUUCAGACGCGGAAUCAAGGUUUUGGGCUGAUUGCCACUUAUGGGGCUGAGUUAGAAUAGAGUUGAAAUUCUAAUAUUUUUUUAAUUUAAUUUUUUUAAGCUUUGUUAUUCAUAGAUGAAACUGUGUGUGUCCAUUUGCCUCCUUUUAUACGUGAACAUCUCUUCAGCCCUGUCUGUCAUUUGAUCGAUUUAUCUCUUACACUUUUGUAACAUUUCACAAAAAAAAAAAAAGAAAAUUCCUUUUAGGCACUGCUUCUCUCUCUGCACGUGGAAACAUUACCCAGCCAGAAAACCCAUCUAUUUGUCCAAUGCCUCGUAAGUUUAACCGCGAAGAUGAAAUGAAUCCAUUACCGAUUUGAUACAGCGUCUAUUUUCUGCACCCUGGGCACUACAGUGAGAAGAGAGGCAAUGCUGUAAGGGGCAAUUUGAUAAAAAAAAAUGUCUGGUGCUCCAGAACGAGGUACUCAGUACACCUCUCUUGUAAUGUCUGUUGCAAUAUGUACUGAUUUAUAAAAGAGAGGAAUGGGUAACCUUCAUAAUUUUAUUUACAUGUUCGGAUAUCAUAAAUGAAAAAAUGGGAAAUAAAUCAAGUCAAUUUUUCUAUUCA